AUUAAUCCACGGUCAUGACUAGGUCAUCAUCAGCACCUGAACAACAAUAAUUAAUUAUUACAAAGAAUCAUGCUGGUGUGCCUGGAGGAGGCCGGCGUCGAGUACGAGGUCGUCCCGUUGAGCUUGACCAACGGCGACCACCGCCGGCCGGAGCACCUCGCCCGGAACCCAUUCGGUCAGAUUCCAGUGCUGGAGGACGGUGACCUGACACUCUACCAAUCACACGCGAUCGCUAGGUACGUUCUCGGCAAGCACAAGCCGGAGCUCCUGGGGCUCGGCGAAGGCGGCAGCGUGGAGGAGUCGGCAAUGGUGGACAUGUGGCUGGAGGUGGAGACCCACCAGUACGAGGCCGCCGUGAAGCCCAUCGUGUGGCACUGCCUCGUCCACCAGCACGUCGGCCUGGUGCGCGACCAGGGCGUCGUGGACGAGAGCGUGGAGAAGCUGAGGGCGGUGCUGGAGGUGUACGAGGCGAGGCUGUCGUCGUCGUCGGCCGGCAGGUACAGCUACCUCGCCGGCGGCGGCAGCGGCGACCGCGUCAGCCUCGCCGACCUCAGCCACGUCCCGCUGAUGCACUACUUCACAGCGACGGAGUACGGCGGCGUGCUGGGCGAGUACCCGCGCGUGAAGGCGUGGUGGGAGGCGCUGCUGGCGCGGCCGUCGGUGAAGAAGGUGAUCGCCGGCAUGCCCACCGAUUUCGGGUUCGGAAGUGGGAACUUGCCAUAGUGCAUUAGUUGGCCUGAUCGUCUGCCACACUAGCUACAUGCUUAAUUAUGCAAAAGUAAUUUUUAUUUAUUCUUUAAUUCCAAUAAAAUGGAGUAUAUAUCUCCGUGAGAAACGCAUGUACUCUACUACCUCCAUCGAGUCAUUGGAAGAAUUGUAAUGUUUCUAUCAUAGUUGCUUUGGUUUAUUUGGUUAUAUCAUCUUUAAACAUCCAAAACCUUUGUAUGUUCCAAAAGAUGAAACUACGGUCACAACUAAUAGUGUUCGACUACAGAUGUUAUACUCCAACCAGUCCUAUAAAUUUUUCUAGUUGAUGCUA